UGGUUACGCUUAACCUCCAAUGUCUACAAUAACUGUAUCUUUACCAUCUUCCACAGGUCAACAUGAAGUUCAGACUGUACCUACCUUUAUGGGCAUUGUUAUUCAUUCUAUAUACACCCGCUUGGACGAUGGGAAACCCAAAAGUUUACGGUAUUCUCCCUGAUACAGUUUUGUCCGUUUCGGACAGCAUUGUGCUGCUUCAGUCAAAUCAACCAAUCCUCGUUACCUUAUUUGGUACAGACUUGGAUCAAAUUUCUCACAUUGCAUUUGCCUCGGUUAAAAAGCCACCUGAUAGUCCGUGUGAUAUUGAACGUUCGACGGAGACAUUUCGACUGUCUCCAAAAAGUCCAUAUGUUGCAACCACUGUGAUUAAACUCCGUGAGUUGGGAAUGAAUGACGAUGGAUUCUUUUUAUGUGUACGAAUAAUACCUACACAGACACCUGGACUAUCAUUGUCUGCAAACGCAUCAUCCGAAUCCUGGUUUUAUGCCGGAGUUGAAGGUUUCGACAAUCAUCUUAUAUUUCGAACUUCCAAAUCCCUAAUGCCCAUAUGGGUUCAGAUUAUUCUCAUAAUUGUGCUGUUCUUCCUUUCCGGACUAUUUAGUGGUCUCAAUCUUGGCCUUAUGUCCCUGGACAAGACAGAGUUAAAAAUCAUCGAGAGCGCCGGAUCACCAAACGAAAAAAUCUAUGCGAAAGCUAUUCGCCCAGUACGCGAGAAAGGCAAUCUACUUCUUUGUACACUCCUUCUUGGGAAUGUGCUUGUCAAUACCUCUUUGACCAUUCUCAUGGAUGAUUUGACUGGGAGUGGCCUAUUUGCAGUCAUUGGAUCUACCACAGGAAUAACUCUGUUUGGUGAAAUUAUGCCACAGGCCGUAUGUUCCCGCCACGGUUUGGCAGUUGGUGCUCGGACGUUGUGGCUAACCAAGCUGUUUAUGCUUAUCACAUUCCCUGUAGCGUUUCCAAUCAGUUUCUUACUGGAUAAAAUAUUAGGUGAAGAAAUGGGACAGGUUUACAGUCGCGAAAAGUUGGGAGUUCUCAUCCGUGAACAGGCCCUGGCUGGUACAGUCGCCACUGAUGAAAUGAAUAUCAUUACUGGUGCGCUCGCCUUGACGACGAAAACUGUCGCAGACGUAAUGACUCCACUCAGCGAUGCAUUCAUGCUGUCCUACUCUGCAACACUGGAUUUCAAUACGAUGAAUGAUAUCUAUGCUCAUGGUUACACGAGGAUCCCCGUGUUCGAGCACGAUCGACGAAAUAUUCGAGCCGUCUUGAAUGUGAAGGAUUUGGCCUUCAUCAAUGCGGACGACAAGGUACCCGUUUCAACAGUGUGUGACUUCUAUAAUCGAUCUAUCAUAAUCGUGCUGGACACAACCAACCUCGAGGCAAUGUUGAAGGAGUUCCGCCAAGGACGAGCCCAUAUGGCUUUUGUCGAGCGUCUGGUCACAGAAGGCGAGGGUGAUCCUUACCGUGAAAUGAUCGGGUUGGUGACUCUUGAGGAUGUGAUAGAAGAAAUUAUUCAAGCCGAAAUUGUCGAUGAGACGGAUAUUUUGACUGACAAUGUCCAUCAUCAGCCACGUUUGGUACGCAGGCGCGACUUUCGCAUGUUCAGCAUGCCAGAGAAGCAGCGCCACUCUCGAUUAUCUCCACAGCUGAAGAUAGCUGCUCUUAGGCAUUUAGCAUCCAAUGUGGAGUCAUUUCAAGAACACCUUGUUUGCUACUCCGUUCUCCAGAGUUUCCUGAAUUCAAAUAUUGUGGGAGAGUGUAUUUAUAAUCCAAAGGAUGAAGAAAGCAACAUUUUGUACCUGCCGAAUCAGUGGGCAAAUUACGCGAUACUCAUACUCCAAGGACGUGCUCUGUGCAAAAUCGGGAACGAGGGUCUUUUGUUUGAGGCUGGACCUUUCGUAAUGUUUGGCGAGACGGUUCUCAAGCGUGUGAAUGCAAUCUUUCCGGAUCUGUGCGACAAAUCUGACCCAACUGUGCAUUCCGCACGACUGGCAUCCGAGGCUAGGUUUGUGCCAGACUAUUCCCUAAAGGCCGUCACCAACUUGCAAUAUCUCCGAAUCACUGCUGAGCAUUAUCUGCUUGCCAGACGUUUAUCAAUCGUCCACCAAAAAGCCGCUCCCCACAGCAACCAACAUUCACCGGUUAAUUUCUCCGAUCACUGUGCACUUUCCUCAUGUGGUUCACAUUUCGCGCAAGGAUUCGGACCGCUAAAAAUAGACAGUCAUGAUAUGUUUCAAAGUGCUUGGGAUCAUCACGUCGUGCGACUUCGAGAAGUCUCGAUGGCCGCCGCAGUCGCGUCUACAAUUGGACACGGGGUGGACAACGCUUCUUCAGAUCAAGUUUCAACUACACACAAUGUGCCUGGAGAGGAUACUAAUGCAGAGGCUUCGGAGGUACAGAACAAGCACUCAACUCCGAAUCACUCAACGUGCAACCCACUUACCGAAAAGCGAAGCAUCGCACUGGUACCACAUUCUGGCGAUGUGCGUACAGCCAAGCCAGACGAAGUUGUAGCAUUUCUCUCUCAUUCUGCUGCAGUUAACAGUUUUUGUGAAGAAACCUCCUCAUAAUAAUAAUAUGCGGGUGAGUGCGUUCGGUGAGACUGUAAAGAACUCCCUUUGGGGACAACUGCUCAAUCUCAGCUGUCACAACCAACCCUCUACACGGGCUUUCUUCAUUUCCUCGAAAUCCGCGUAUAUUCACUGCCCAGUGAUUAGUUCAUCUCAUAUUUAAGCUCCGUAUUGUAUCCAUCUGGCUCCUCUCAGUACUGUUUUAUCUAAUUAGCGCAUUCCCUAUUUAAACUCUCGCAACCGUUUUAGUCGCCGUCACACUGUUCGUGUAACGGCACGACCGGGCAUUUCUAUUUUUUCAUUGGUUUACCUCAAACAGAGCGAACUUUUACGAUUGAACUGAUAUUUAUAUUUCCUCUCAUUCACUCUAUUAAUCACCGUGCCUUACGAGCACUUUAGCAAUACUCAUAUAACCGUAUUCCGGUUCCGUUCUCACGACACGUAUCCGUUCAACCCGAAUUUCAGUAGACCCCAGCUCACCUGUUGCCUAGUCCGAUGGAUUCUUCCUCGUCCCGUGGAGUAGUGCAAUUCCGUAUUUCGUUUCAACUAUUCUAGCUCUCACUUUUUGAAUCCAUCGGUCCCUCAGCUUUGAUCAUUCCUUUCAUUUGUUUCUUUUGUGCACGCUAUCUGUAAGGCAAUUCACGCCUUUCUGAUAAGAAGCCUAUCCUAUAUUGAAGAAACGUCCCUCCUUUCCAACUGCUACAUUUAUCCGAAUGGAUUCCAUUUGGGCCCCAUGUGUUGCAAUCGACUUGCAAUUUUAUACGUUUACUUUCCUUUCUUUCGAACUUGUUUUUACAUAGAUGAAGGCACGGCUUCAACCUCGAUGAUUGUUUGUCUACUUAUUGUCAUGGAUAUUAUUACUGCUGCUACUGUUUGUAGUACUGUUCCUUGAACGAUUUUUCUCAAUUUUUAAAC